CGGGGCUGUUUGUCACAACACAGCCGACAACGGGGCUAUUUGACACAACACAGCCGACAACAGGGCUGUUUUAUGUUCAAAUAUCAUGUUGUUGGCAAGAUAGCCCUUUUUUGUGACCGAGGCCUUGCCCGAUAACAUUGCCGGUGGGCUUGUGAUUCUUGUGUGGGUUGUCCUAACAGAUCGUGUCGCAUCCGAGGCAUGGCCCAUUACCACGGCGGGUGCUUUGUACAUCUGGUGUGGGCUGUAAUAACGGACAGUUUCAGAACUAUUGGCUCGUCCGGUAACAUGGCUGGUGGUUUGUGAUUCUUGUGUGUUCUGUAACAACGCAACGUUUCGCACCAGAGGCCUUGUAACGUUGCACGGCUGGGCCUGUUCCUGUAUAGAUUCAGGAGGGGAUAAGGAAUUCAAGUAAGUAUGCAGUCCUUUUAGUUACAUUCGAAUGUUUAUUUGAAACAGUGUUAAUCUCAGUAAAAUUAUGAAAUGGGGCAGUAAGAUGUUGUUUUUUUUCCCCUUUUAAAGGCAAUUACUGAUUACCCGUAUCAAUUUUAUCGUUAUUGAUUUUAUCCCAAAGACCUUGCAGGAUUGGGGAACAAAGUGGGGAAGGUGUGUUUACAUUUUCAUGAUGCUGUUGUUUUUGUUUUUUGUAAUGGAAAUAUUGAAUUGAGACUUUAAUAUUAUACAUAUUUAAAUAAUAUAGUGUAAGCGAUACAAAUCUAUACACUCCACCAAACAUACUUUGUAUCAAAUAUUUGUCUUAAUGGUGUUUUUUUUUUUUUUUUUUUUUUAUUUUGUUUUUUAAUAUAAUUUAAACAAAAAAAAAAAAAAAAAAAAAAAAACAGUUAAACUUUGACUUCAAAAAUGUAAUUUGUCUGUACUUGGUUGAUUGUGUGAGUGUGCAUGGAAGUGUGCAUGUAAGUGUGCACGGAAGUGUGCAUGGAAGUGCAUAUAUGUGACUAAAAAUAACUAAGACAGCUACAGCACACACGCAAAGUCUAUUAUAAUGCUUGUGAAAAAAACUUUUUCAUCUCAAAUUCUUCAUCGAUAUCUCUUCGCCUUAUAAUAAAUUAUGGUACUCUAACUCAUAAAUUGUCUUUAGUUUUUUGUUUUUCUUUUCGUGUUAUGUCUCAAACUCUUCGUUGAUCGUCUGCCUGUACUUAAAUGCAUCUCUCGUGCAAGCAUCAGAUAAUGAUAAAGUAUCUAAAUGGUAGAACAAGUUAUGUUUAAACUUGAAACAAUAGGACAACAAGAUAUAAACGUUUUUUUUUUAUACUGUCAUCUGUUUUUGUUGUAUUUUCAUGUGUCCUGUUCGCUGGAGAAGGCACUAAGCCGAAACUUUUCAUAUCUUAUCAUUGUCCUGUCUGUUGAUUCAAGCUUCAACAUAUCUUGCUCAACUAUUUCAUUUACACAAGUUAAAUGCACUCCUUCAAUUAUUAUCCGAAAGUAUCUAUAAACAUAAGCCAUCGUUUGUAUGUUCCCACAGAAGAAGACAGACGCCAUGACUACCUCGAUGCGCACACUGCAGUUCAGCAUUGUGAUGCUUGGGAUUUUCUUCCUCGCCGUGUUCAUGCUCCUCGAACAGGCUUCUGACCAUCGCACGGUAUCGUCAACUGGAAAGACUCUGAUAGCCAGCAUGAGGAAGAGAGAAAUCAACAGUGUUCAUCAAAUAGACAGCAGUGUAAAAAUUGAAAUCUCCCCGAUGAACACAUCUAGACCGGAAGUUAAGGUCACGCUUAGUCAGACCUCUACAUCUACGACGGCGACGACACCUACAACCAUAUCUUCUACAACUUCUACUACGACACAUCCCAGACAGCAGGAUAUAAACAACUUGAACAAGUGGAACUACAUACUUAAAAAUGCGCUAGAGGCCAAGAGGAAGGUCAUCACAUUCUUAACCAAACACGUGGUUAACCAGCAUGACUUCGAGUACGUCCGUAGCCCGGUCAACGCAUGCGUGGAAACGAAACCGGAUAUCCUGUUUGCCGUACUCUCCGCCCCUGGAAACUUUGAACUCAGGGAAAGAGUGAGGAACGGGGACAUUGGCGAGUUCGUGAGAACCACGUCCAACGGCGCAAGAUUGUUGUUUUUCACAGGCGCCUUCCCGUGCAACGAGAACGCGACGAGACUUCAGACGAGACUGAGCGACGAGUACCACAACCACGGAGACAUAGUGCAAGAAGACUUCCUCGAUGUCUUUCAGAACCUUCGCCUGAAGGCCGUGUCGAUGCUGAGGUGGACUCACACCUAUUGCAGUGACGUAAAGUACGUCGUUCGCAUGGACGAUGAUGUCGUGGUGAACGUUUCGAACAUCGUAAGAGUCAUGGACGCAAAAAGUCAUCAGUAUCCAGAUUUCAUCGUCGGUAGCAUCAGGACCGACUGGCGGAUGUCCCGAAGGAGAAGUGACCCGAUGACGCCGAAGGAAGACUACUCGAACUUUACGUUCCCACCACGGUUCGUCCUCGGUGAGCUCCAGGGCUACCCAGCGACCACGGUCUCGCUGUUGUACCACGCAGCCAUCAGGUCGGAGCCGAUCUUGCUAGAAGACGUCUUCCUCACGGGGAUAUGCGCCACUAGUGUGGACGUUCCUUUACAGAGUGACCCCGACUUUGUGUUUAGACACAAACCCAUCCCCAAAAAAAAGAUUGAAUAGUCUUUUCGAGGGAAUUUUUGUUUUGUUUUUAAGUAGUGUGGCUUUUAAUUGUUUUAAAAUGUUAUCUUUGAAAACAAUCUUAUUGGUGUGCCUUUUAAGUUCGUGUCUGCGGAUGGUUGGGUGGGUGAUCUCAAUGUUAUCUGCGUUUUAACAUUGGCUAUUUAAAAAAAAAAAAAUUAUCAAUCAUAAUAUGACGAAUUUUAGACUCUAACAUCUUAACAAGUAAUAUUCUUAAUACGUAUGAUUAUUACUACUUUAGAUUUAUAUAAUUCGCUGUAGAAAGACUUGAUUUUCUAUCAGAUAUCGCAUACAAGAAAAUAACAACGUAUAUGUUGUAUUCUAACGUUUAUUUCAUUUCAUCGGUUCUCAAUAUUUGCAUGGCAUGCCUAUAAAAAAAUAAAAAUAAUCUAAUUUAGUUUUUCACGGCAUAUAGAAGUUUUCCUUGAUUGAGUUUUCUCUCGAUGAAAUUCUUUAAUUGCUAAUUAGCUAUAUCUCGGAAUGAGCGAUCACAUUUGGAACCAGUGUUUCCUCCAGCUAUAUCACAGAAUCAACAUACAUAUUUGGAUUCAGGGUUUCUUUCAGCUAUAUCACGGAAUGAACUUACACAUUUGAAACCAGGGUUUCCUUCAGCUAUAUCACGGAGUGAACAUUUACAUUUGGAAUUAGGUUUCUUUCAGCUAUAUCACGGAAUGAAAGAUCACAUUUGAAACUAUUCUAGCAUAAGUCUUUUUGUGUUUGUUUCAUAAAGGCUCAGUUUUUGAAUUUAAAGAAUUUAGAGUUAGGGAUCGAAGGCGUUUACUUAUUUCUCCCUUCCCACCACUUGAAUGACUCUACUUUCCAAUCAUUCAAGUAGCUCUAAUUUCUAUAAUUGAAUCGGCAAUAAAUUGCGAUCACUCAAGUUGCUCUAAUUUUCCAUCAUGCAAAUGGCACUACCUCCCCAUCAUUCAAAUGGGUCUUCAUUCUCAUUACGCAGGUGGUUCUACCUUCCCAGCAUUCAAUGGGCUCUACCCUCCCAAGAUUCAAGUAGCUCUACCUCCCAAUCAUUCAGAGGGGCCUUAAUUCUCAUCACAUAGGUGGCAAUACUAUCCUAGCAUUCAAGUGGCUCUACCUUCCCAUCAUUCAAGUGGCUCUCCCCUCCCAUCAUUCAUCUGGCUCUGUCUUCCCAUUAUUUAAGUUGCAUUUCAUUCCCAUCAUUAUUUGGCUCUGCCGUCUCAUCAUGCAUGUGACUGUACCUUGCCAUCAUUCAAAUUGCUUUUCCCCCCCUCCCCCUUCUAUCAUAGAAAGUCUCCAAUGUAUUUCGUUAGCCCAACAGUGUCAAUGACAUGGGUAAAAGUAUUUUCGGGGGUUGCCGGGCGUGUGAAGAGGGGUUAAAGCUGUCCAGACGAGUCAAAGCUUUACUAUCCAGUGGAUCUAACCUGCAUUUUUUUUUAUUGUAGGCGUUAAAAAAUGUUCAUGGAUUUAUGUAAAUGUGAGAAUACACAACUAUGUUUGAAAC